GCACUACUAUUGUGGCUACAGCUCCCAAGCUAACGUGCGGCGGUGUCUUUUGUUGCCGGAGUGCUCCUCCCUCCCUGCCCCCCCUUUCCUGUGUUACUCCGCCGUGGCGGAAGUAAGUUGUACAGCCAAGGCCUCAUCCUUCCAAUGGCGACUGCAAACAGGCUGAACAGAAAGCGGGAGCAACCGUGGAGGGGGGUCAGCGACGUGUAACCGAAAUUAAAUAAAUAUAUCAGAAAUUUCUUUAGCCAUAAAGUUGGUCUGAAGAUUGUUCAACCUCUCCAAAUAACGGCCUUUUCCAUGGCCAAAAGUCGGAACAUUUCGCUCCUUGAGUCGGAGCUAUAUUACUUGAUUUCUCGUUUUCUAACAACGGGUCCGUGUCGGAGAGCGGCUGAGGUCCUAGCGAGUGAGCUUGAGGAAUAUCAGCUCCUACCCGGGAGAUUGGACUGGCUGGGAAACGAACAUCCCAGAACAUACGAAGAUGUGGUUGCUGCCAACAGACAUGUUGCACCAGACCAUUUGCUACAGAUAUGUAAGCAAAUUGGACCAAUCUUGGACAAAGAGGUGCCAUCAUGUGUCCCGGGUGUGCACUCCCUCCUGGGGUCUGGAAAACAGUCCAUGCUUCGAACUGCAAAAGAUUGCGACAGUGUGCAGCUCAAAGCUUCGUCAUAUGCAGCCCUUCAUCGGGGCAGACCACCAGAGAGGCCUUUGAACCAGAAGCAACCUCUACACCAGGUGAAGGUACAUCGAGGGAGGGAGCUGACCGGAGUGCAGUGCUUCAGCUCCAUCAGUCCUGUCAGCACCUAUGAGCACAUGCGUCUGCAUAGGCGAAUCUUGGGGCAUCUGUCUGCAGUGUACUGUAUCGCAUUUGAUCGCACCGGUCUCAGGAUCUUUACAGGUUCAGAUGAUUGUUUGGUGAAGAUUUGGUCUUCAUUUGAUGGAAGGCUUCACUCGACGUUGAGAGGACACUCUGCAGAAAUCACAGACUUGGCGGUCAAUUAUGAAAACACACUAAUUGCUGCAGGAAGCUGUGACAAGACCAUCCGUGUGUGGUGCCUUCGAACCUGCGCCCCUGUUGCUGUGCUACAGGGACACAGCGGAUCCAUUACCUCCCUUCAGUUUUCACCUUUUGCCAAGGGCUCCAAGCGUUACAUGCUGUCCACUGGAACGGACGCCACAGUCUGUUUCUGGCAGUGGGACGUCGACAACAUUAACUUCAGCGAUCGACCUCACAAAUUUACAGAGCGGCCAAGGCCAGGCGUCCAGACUAUCUGCUCCUCUUUCAGUCCAGGCGGGAUGUUCUUAGCAACAGGAAGUACAGACGAUGUCAUUAGAAUAUACUACCUUGGAAGCGGGAGUCCAGAGAAGAUCUCAGAGCUGCAUGAGCACACGGAUAAAGUGGAUAGCAUCCAGUUUUGCCACUCAGGUGAAAGGUUUGUAAGUGGAAGUCGGGAUGGAACGGCUCGGAUCUGGAAGCUCCACCAGCGGCAGCGAUGGAGGUGCAUCUUACUCAGCAUGUCUGCAACUCUUCCAGGUGCUGAACAUGCAAACGAAGAGGAUAGCUACUUCAAACCAAAAGUUACCAUGGUUGCGUGGGAUCGCCAUGACAAUACAGUCGUCACGGCUGUUGACAACCAUCUCCUCAAAGUGUGGAACUCCUACACAGGACAGCUGCUACAUAUCCUUAAAGGCCAUGAGGCUGAGGUGUUUGUCCUUGAACCGCACCCUUUUGAUCCCAGGAUCAUCCUGUCUGCCGGCCAUGAUGGGAACGUCUUCAUCUGGGAUCUGCAGCGAGGAACAAACACCAAGCAUUACUUUAACAUGAUUGAGGGUCAGGGUCACGGAGCUGUAUUUGACUGCAAAUUCACUCCUGAUGGUCAGCGGUUCGCCUGCACAGACUCGCACGGCCAUCUGCUCAUCUUUGGCUUCGGCAGCUCCAAACCCUAUGAAAAGCUUCCGGACCAGGUGUUCUUCCACACAGAUUACCGGCCGCUGAUUCGAGAUUCCAAUGGCUUUGUGUUGGAUGAGCAGACGCAGCAGGCGCCCCAUCUGAUGCCCCCUCCCUUCUUAGUAGAUGUAGAUGGAAACCCCCAUCCACCCCGAUACCAGCGUCUGGUCCCGGGGAGGGAGAACAUCGCUGCAGAGCACCUGGUUCCUCAGCUCGGAUAUGUAGCCACCAGCGAUGGAGAGGUGGUGGAGCAGGUGAUCAGCCAGCAGACUACGGAGCCCGAGGAGAUCUCUGUGAGACGUAGCAGCCUUCUAGACCAGGCUAUCAGACAGCUGCAGGAACAACAGGACCGACAGAACCAGCUUGAGAGCGAAGCAGCACCAGGUCCGGAUGCCAGACCUGAAGGUCCAGUCUUGGCACCAGCACCAAGUACUCCACGCAGAGUGUCAGUGAACGAUCGAGCCGACGUGCAGUCGCCACCUAAUGUGGGUCUGAGACGCAGUGGACAAGUGGAGGGUGUCAGACAGAUGCACCAAAAUGCUCCUCGGAGUCAGAUGGCCACAGAAAGAGACCUGCAGGCCUGGAGACGCAGGGUGGUGGUACCCGAGCUGGUGAACAGUAGUUACAGGAACCAGGAGGAUGUUCGAACUGCCAAAGGGGAUGAGGAGGUGCUCCUCUACAACAUGAAGAAGAGAAGGAUCUUGUAUGGCAGCUGUCGGGAUGAUUCAGACGAGGAGCCCUCCACCACAAAGAGAGCUCAUGGCCACAAAGGUUCUGCAGAGUUUAUCGAGUUCUCAUGUGAGGAAGGCGAGGAGACUGCCAGCUCCGAUAUACACUCAGAGGACAACGAAUUGGAAGGCAGUGAACUGGAUUCCUCCAACGACGACGAAGAGUGGACGAGUGACAGCUCAAACCAUACUUCCAGCGAGUACUCCGACUGGACAGCAGACGCUGGGAUAAACCUGCAGCCCUCUACCCCUCUGUCGUUGCGGAAACGAGUGAGGCGCAGACUCAGCAGCUCUGAAGAAGAGGAGGAAGAGCAUGAGGAAGAAGAGGAAAGGCAGCAAAGUGAAGAGGACGAGGAAAAACCAGAGAAAAAAAGCAAAGAGAAAUCUAAAAAAGCCAAAGCCAAAUCACCCCGGCGUCCAAAGCCCAGACCUUCUAUUAACAGAGAGGUGUCGAACGAGUUCAGGCCGUCUGCGUGGAUCACUGAUGUCAUUCCCAGGAAGUCUCCUUUCGUUCCUCAGAUGGGCGAUGAGGUGAUCUACUUUCGUCAGGGCCAUGAGGCCUAUGUUGAGGCCGUGAGUCGAAACCAGCUUUAUCCCAUCAACCUGGAAAAGCAGCCGUGGAAGAAAAUGGAACUGCGGGACCAAGAGUUUGUGAAGAUCACUGGAAUCAAAUACGAAGUUUGCCCUCCAACACUCUGCUGUCUGAAGCUGACUCUGAUUGACCACGGCACCAAGAAGAUCACAGACAAGUCCUUUUCUAUCAAGUACCAUGACAUGCCGGAUGUGAUUGAUUUUCUGGUGUUGAGGCAAAGUUACGACGAGGCGCUCCGUCGGAACUGGCAACCAAAUGACAGGUUUCGUUCAGUGAUUGACGAUGCCUGGUGGUUUGGAACCAUCGUCUGUCAGGAGCCGUACCAGCCAGAAUACCCAGACAGCCUCUUCCAGUGCUUCAAAGUCAGAUGGGACAAUGGAGAAACUGAAAAACUGAGUCCCUGGGACGUGGAACCUAUUAAUGAGGAUGCCCAGCAGCCAGACGCCGAUGGAGGCGGUAUCCCUGCGACUGCCGAAGAGAUGAAAGAGCUGAUGUACAAACCGGUACCAGGGGAGUGGGGUGAGAGGAGCAGGGAGGAGGAGUGUGACCGCAUCAUCGCUGGAAUCGAACAGCUCAUUACUCUUGAGAUUGCAGCUCCAUUUUCUGGUCCAGUGGACUUAAUCCAGUAUCCCAGCUAUUGCACCGUGAUUGCCUAUCCCACAGACCUGGGCACAAUCAGACUGCGGCUCAUCAACAGGUUCUACAGGCGCCUCUCUGCAUUAGUAUGGGAAGCCAGGUAUAUUGCACAUAAUGCCCGCACUUUCAAUGAGCCAAGAAGCAAGAUUGCCCACUCUGCAAAAAUCAUCUCAAGCGUCCUCCAGAAAUUUGUCAAUAAUCCAGGCUGCACAGAUAUCAUGGAGAUUUACAAUGCUGUGGAGGAAAUGGAUGACGACGAUGAGGAAGAAGAUACAGAAGCACCAGGUACAUCUUCUGGACACAGACUGCGUCAGCACUCUGUGGAGGUGUUGCCUGACCGAGAUGCCUGGAAGGAACAAUGUAGGCAUCUGGUUAACUACAUAUUUGGUUGUGAAGACUCAGAACCCUUCAGACAGCCUGUGGAUCCAGAAAACUAUCCUGAUUAUCUUGACAUUAUUGAUACUCCAAUGGACUUUGGCACAGUGAAAAGGACCCUGGAGGAAGAUCGCUAUGAAAACCCCAUAGAGCUGUGCAAAGAUACACGCUUAAUAUUUGCUAAUGCUAAGGCUUACACACCGAACAAACGCUCCAAGAUUUACAGCAUGACCUUGCGACUCUCCGCCUUCUUCGAGGAGCAGAUCAGAACAAUCAUAUCAGAGUACAGAACUGCCGUUAAGAGCAGCGACAGGCUCCGCCGCAGUCAGAGGUUCCGCAAGAAAGCCCAGCCACAGGAUCAUGCCUCAGCAAGUCACAAAAAGCCCACUAUCAAAACUCAGGAAAAAUUGGAAUCAAUGUCCGUAACGAAAUCUACCUCAGCCAAAGUGUCUGUUCCUGAGAGAACGAGACGGAGUCGAGGCAGAAGCUCAGGUCGCUGCUCCUCAGAGGACGACUCCGGCUCCAAAGCUGCCUCAUCCUCACCAGAGUCUGAAAGUGAGAACGAGCAGAGUGAUUCAGAAGACGAGGAGACACGUCCAGCUACUUCAAAGUGUCAUCAAAGCCGACUCAACGCCAGAGUUACAAGAAGCAAAACUUCCAAGAAGAAGAGAAAAGCUGCUAAGAGUGACAGUGAAGAUGAUGAUGAAGAGGAGGAUGAUAGUGAGAGUGACGGUGAGGAGGAGGAAGAUGGAGAUGUUUCCUCAAAGUCCUCGGAUCAUCACUACCCCAGUAGAAGCACACGGCAGACCCGGAACAGAGCUGCUAGAGACAGAACCAGAGCAGAGGGCAGCGCAAAAAUGAACGGCCAUAGCAGCAGAGCGUCCCGUAGGGAGAAGCGACGCCACCGCGACUCCGACGGAGCCUCCUCCCACGACUCAGAAAGGGAAGAGGAAGCAACGGCCCCCAGGCUGCUCAAGAGAAAGACAGCGAGGGAUGCAGUCAGUAAGAUAAAGCUCCUGGAGGCGUCUGAUGAGGACUAUGAAGAGGAAGAGAGCAGGCCUAGACGCAGCAGCAGCCGUAUCAGCAAACGCACUGCGGUGAUCCAGAGCAGCUCUGAUUCAGAUGGAAAGCUGUCAACUAGAGAUUCCAGGAAUACUCAGGAAUCGAAUGAAUCCUCGAGUGAGGACGAUGUUACUGGAAGUGAUGAUUCCUCCCAGAUUAAACAGAAUGGGGUUUACAAGUCCAUCAAACGGAAUAAAACGAAACAAGCUGCCAAGACGAGGGGAAAUGAUAAUUUGUCCCACAUGAAUGGACACAGCGGAAAACGGAGAUGUGAGAGCAACUCCGAGUCAGAAGAAAAUGCAAAGGAGAGGAAGGAUCAGGUCCUCCUGUUUCCCAAACCCUCCAGAAGGACAGCUGGAAGAAGUAGGGUCGGAAGUGAGGUGGAGGAGGGCAGUCAGCGGCAAAUCACACGAAGAAAAGCUCCUGUAAGUUCAGACGAAGAAGACGGUGUCCAGAAACGGCCACAGCAAAACGGAAAGAAUGAGAAAGAAUCUAUCCACAGGGACUCUAAGAAAAAAAGUCAAGUGUCAGCAUCAAAAAGCCAAGAUAAACACAAAUCUGCCUCAACGACACAACGGGAUAGUGCCGAAUCGGACGAACUCGACGAUCUUCCAAAACGAUCCAGUCAACAGAAGAAAGGGAUGAAGAAGGUAGAGAGGGAAAGAAGUCCCUCCAGCGAUGGGUCGGAGCUUGAAACCAGGAGAUCAAUGAAAAGCAAAAGGCCUCGCACCAAGUCUGCUUCAGAGAGUUCUGAGCUGGAAUACAAACCCCAGAGGAAGUCGAGGAGGAAAGGCUCCCCUGGACCGUCGGAGGAAGAGUGGGACGGCUCUGAUGAUGUGCCGAACAGAAGACUUCGCCUUCGAGCUCUACCGAAAAAGAAAUACAUAGUUGAUAACUCUCUUUCUGAGGAAGAUUUGACUGGAGUAACGCAGCGUAGGCAAAGAAAUGGAAACAAAAAAGACUCCGAGUCAAGGGAAGAGAGGUAUAAUACAAGGAAAUCUGAGAGAGCAUCUCCUAGUGAAGGAAGGAAUCAGGUUUCCACCAAGAGGAAACGGAUUUACACGUCAGACUCUGAAGACGAGGAGGAAGAUGGACAUAAGGAACCUCAAAGCAAAAGCAAUAGUAACGGCAGGUCUGGCUCCUCUAAGAGCUUUAAAAGGGAAUCCAAACAGGAGUCGCAUGAUAGCAGAGAGAGCGGCUCUUCAUCCGAAGAGGAGGAGGAAGAGGAUGCUCGUUCAAACAAGGGGGGGAGGAACCUGAGGCAGGCGAAGCCUGAAAGGAAGGAAAGCUACAGCAGCAGCAAACACACUUCAGACUCAGACAGCGAGCAGAUGUCUUCAGCCUCUGAAAACUCCUUUUCCAGCUCAGGGUCCCACAGCAGUCCAAAGAGGAGAGCUCGCACGCGGACCGCGAGCCGCCAGCUCAGGCAGCGCCGCCACCAACCAGCCUCCGAGGAGGACAGCGACGAGUCGUACAGCAAACCACAGACGACGAGACGCGUCAACACCCGGAACCGAGGCAAGCGGACGGUCAGCUACCGAGACAGCGAAUGAAAGAGCGGCUGAAGCUGCUGGGCUUUACAGAGACGAUGGACCUUUACUGGACAGGUUGGGGGGGGGGGGGGGGGGACACCCGAUGGCCAAGUUAUGGUAGUAGCACUGGAGUCCUCAAGAAUAAAAUGCUGUGAAUCUGUUUCAUUCAGGGAUAUUAUUUAUAUUUUCUAUGAAAAACAUGUUUAUAGAUGUAAUACAAAUUCAAGCAUUGGAACUGGUGGUUUUCACAAGGACACGGGGAAAAAACCAUCACCUCCUGUGGAUGUUGUUGUGAUGUGGCAGAAUAACUGUUUCUGGGGAAUCUUGUCAGCUUGGGUGCUAUCAAAUAUACCUCUGUUUAAUCGAGCAUAUUGCUGGCUUGCACUAAGAAACACUGUAAUGAGGUAUUUCAUACACUAGUUUUGCAUUAGAAACUCAGGGGUCAACUAAGUUUACUGUAGUCUGAAGAGAUGCAGUUUGUUUGUUUUUUUUUUUUUUUUUUUUUUUAAGCUUAGGUAAGGAUGGUACAUGAUUCCAGGUGGGCAGAUGUCUGAGCAAAUCAACUGGAUCCAACAAAUCCAUGCCUAGGUUUUUUUGACUUCAGCACUCCUUUGUAUAUCAACACUUAAAGCUUGACUGUAAUGUGAGGUGAGCCAAAUGAAUUGAAACGUAUUCUCUUUCCCCAAGCAUUUUUUUUUGUUUGUUUCAUUUUGUAUUCUAGUGAAUAGAUGUAAAUACGUGAUUGAGAUUUAAUAAUUAGUUGCUAGCAAAGCGUUUAUUUAAAUCUGACUCGCUUUGUUUCUUUUCUUUUACAUAUAACUGCAUUUCCUCACCACGUGUCACAACUUGGUACUUUUUUUUUUGUUUGUUUUUGUUGUUUUUUUUGCCAAGUACAAACAACCAAAUGUACUUAAAGCAAGAUGCUGCAAUUUCUCAUAUUGGGAAGAUCUUUUAUCAUUGUUCUGUUACCCACUUUCAGUAUUAAAUUCGUUUUGCAGAGUUGACCUAAAUACUUUGUCAGCCAUGUUUUCCCUUUUGUUUUUGAGGACGUUUCCAAAUACAGUCGCUUGAAGACCUUUCGCCCGAUGUUUUUCGUACACCUUUAAUAAAUAGAUUUCACAGUAAAACUGUUGAUGAAAUGUGGUCGUGGAGUGCAAUGGAUGAAUUAUUCCUCCCAUGAAUAAAGACAUCACUUCAAGGUG